CUGGGGCGGGGAAAGCGGGGCGAGGCCGCUAUAAGAGAGGGAGGGUGCGGACACUUUGCUCAGUGCUGCCUUUCUGGACCCUCAGGCUCCUAUUAAUUCGUCUGUGUGGGGCUUUUCUAUUUAUCUGCUUUCUGAAGGAGAAAGAAGGGGAAAGGGAUUAAUCGACAAAAUGGGCGUCGAAGGUGGCAUGAAAUGUGUCAAGUUCCUGGUCUUUUUCUUUAAUUUCAUAUUCUGGCUCUGUGGUAUAGCUCUGAUUGCCUUGGGGAUUUAUGUACAGAUCGAGCUCAACAACACGCUGCAGAUUACCAACCCAUCUGCUUCAGGUGCACCUAUCGUCAUCCUGGCUGUGGGCGUUAUUGUCUUCUUCAUCUCCUUCUUUGGUUGCUGUGGAGCAGCAAAAGAGAACUAUUGCAUGGUCACUACGUUUGCUGUCCUACUGACGCUGAUCUUCCUGGUGGAGAUUGCAGCUGCCAUUGCUGGCUACAUCUUUAAGGACAAGGUCAAGACAGUAAUUGAUGAGGAACUCAGAGCAGAAAUGAAGAGGUACAGAAAUGACUCAAAUAUCGCCAAGACUUUAGAUGACCUGCAGAAGAGCUAUAACUGCUGUGGUGCCUUUAAUUAUACUGACUGGUUUGAUGUGAAAGAGUUCCAGCCUCACAGUGUGCCUCCGUCAUGCUGCAUCAAUGGCACUGAUUGCACCAAGAACCCAAAUGAAAACAAUGUCCAUAUGGAGGGUUGUGUAUCAAAAGUAGAGGUCUGGAUGAAGAAACACAUUAUAAUUGUGGCUGCAGUGGCAUUGGGGAUUGCCUUCUUUGAGCUCCUUGGCAUUAUUUUUGCCUGCUGCCUCAUGAAAGGAAUUCGCAGUGGUUAUGAGGUUAUGUAGCCUCCUCUCUUCCUGUACAUCUGGUUACUGCAACUAUAAUUACAAAACUCUGGAAUAUUUCUGUCUCAUCUUCUGGGGAUGCAGCUGACCGUCACGUGCCAAUGGAUCAGGGCCAGGUGCAUGCCUCCUCUUCUGUUGCCUUUCUUGAAAAUAUAUGCUGCCCUGAAAAGAUUCACAUGUUGCCUUACUUCUCUUCCCUCCCUUUUCUCAUGGGAAGAGAGUCCAUUUUCCACACACCAUCCUCCCUUACUUGUGCCACCUAAUGGAUAUCUUGUGAUACAGGACUGCUAUUAUAUACCAACAGACUUUUCUGCUACCUUUAAUAGCAAGUGAACAGGCACUCUUGAAGUUCUGCUUCCUCCAAAUUCAUACUUCCUUAAAGACUUCUAGGCUGCAGCUUUCCCCUGAUACCAUAUGCAUAGGAAGUAGACAUACCUCUAUUUUUAGGAUGUUUCCUUUCCCCCAUGGAAAGGUGGGCUUUUGAAUUGAGUAGGGACUAUUGUUUUGGAGGUCGUAAUGAGAUGGAAAAUUGUGGGUUUUUUUUUUAAGCCAGUAAAUCACUAUUUGGAAAAUAAAAGACAUUGUUUCUCCCA